CCAAGCAGCUUCCAGUGCAUGUUCCAUCGCCUUCUAAAUACACCUCCUGGAGGAGGAGGAGGCUGAUGAUGAUGAUGAUGAUGAUGAUGAUGAUGAUGAUGGUGCGCACGACCAUGGUCCCCAUGCACGCUUGCCGAGGGACGUCGCGGCAGUGAAGAUGUUCUGCGCCAGGCUGAAGGAACUUCAAAUAUCCGGAGAGUGUCCUUUCUCCAAAAGCCACCAGCAGCACCAUCGUCACCAGCAGCAGCAUGAGGAUGAGGAUGAGGAGGAUGAGGAGGGCGAGAAGAAGCAGGGAGCAGAAUUGGGGGAAAGCUCCGCAGCAGCAGCAGCUGGCGACGCCUGCACAGCGGGGGUCUUGCCCGUUUCUGACGGCAAAAAAGACGAGGAGGAUCCACUCCGAGCGAGGAGCAGCCGAGGCAAAGUUAACCUGCAUACGCUCGGGGAGAGCAUCCGCAAACUGGCAUGUCCCGAGUUUCAGAGGCUGCACAGCGCCCUGCAGAGAAUGAUGAGAGUUCAAGCCAGGGAUUCUGAAAGUGCCGCAGUUUGCGGCAUAGACUGUAAGGACGAAGCCGAGCAUCUCACGGAGAUGAUGAACGCUCACUCGGCCAAAACAGCGAUCCCGAUGGAAGCCUUGAAAGUGUCUUUUGGCGAGGAGCUUUUCCACAUGUGCUACGAGGAGGACGGACACAUUCUGAGAGUGGUGGGGGGCGCGCUCCACGACUUCCUCAACAGUUUCAACGUCCUCCUGAAGCAGAGCAACGCGCCCAAAGCGGGCGGAGGGGAUUGCGUAAGCGAGGCGUCCGUGCUGUGCUUAGACAAGGAUCCUGGUCUGCUUACUGUCUACUUCUUCAACCCUCGCCCCACCACUGAGCUCUUCUUCCCAGGGGUCAUCAGGGCAGCGGCCCGCCUGCUCUAUCACAUCACGGUGGAAGUGUUGAUGGACCCGCCCACGGCCAAAGACAGUAUCCUCCAGUCCAACCCGCAGCCCAGUCUUCUAUACACAGUGCUUGUCAAGGGGGAUAAGAACCUGAGCCCGAGUCCGCUGAGGGCCACCUCAGCUGGGACUCUUCCUACCUCUCUGUUCUCCACCAUCUUCCCCUUCCAUCUCAUCCUCGACCAGGACUUGGUUCUGGUGCAAAUAGGACACGGGCUCAGGAAGAGACUGACCAGGAAGGAUGGCCUUCGGCGUCCUUCUAUCUUCCAAGAACACUUCUCCAUCGUUUGCCCUCAGAUUAAAUGCACCUUUCAAUGUAUCCUGACUAUGCUCAACACCCAGUUUGUCAUCCGGAUCAAGCACGGGGUUUCUGGAGCAGACAGCACGGGCAAGCUGAUGGACCUUAAAGGCCAAAUGAUCUACGUUUCCGAAUCAAACGUGAUCUUGUUCUUGGGAUCACCAUGUGUGGAUAAGCUGGAGGAGCUAACGGGUCGUGGCCUCUACUUGUCCGAUAUCCCUAUUCAUAAUGCGCUACGUGACGUGGUCUUGGUGGGCGAACAGGCUAAAGCCCAGGACGGUCUGAAGAAACGUCUCGGGAAGGCCAAAUCAGCCUUGGAGCAGGCUCACCAGGCACUUGAGGAUGAGAAGAAGAAGACGGUGGACCUCCUCUUCUCCAUCUUCCCUGGCACCGUGGCGCAGCAGCUGUGGCAAGGUCAAACGGUACAAGCCAAGAAGUUUGAACGGGUCACCAUGUUGUUUUCUGACCUGGUGGGCUUCACCGCUGUUUGCUCGCUCUGUACGCCCAUGCAAGUGAUCACCAUGCUCAACGAGCUGUACACCAGGUUUGACCACCAAUGUGGGGAGCUCGAUGUUUACAAGGUGGAGACCAUUGGGGAUGCAUAUUGUGUAGCUGGUGGCUUACAUAAGGAGAGUGAGACUCAUGCUGUCCAGAUUGCACUCAUGGCCUUAAAGAUGGUAGAGCUUUCAGACGAAGUUAGGACACCGACUGGAGAACCGAUACAGAUGCGUAUCGGCCUCCACACUGGGUCAGUACUGGCCGGUGUAGUCGGGGUAAAGAUGCCACGUUAUUGCCUUUUCGGAAAUAACGUCACAUUGGCCAACAAGUUCGAAUCCUGCAGCCAACCUCGGAAAAUCAACAUCAGCCCGACGACGCACAGAUUGCUGAGGGACCGUCCAGAGUUUGUCUUUAUUCCCAGGAGCAGGCAGGAGCUUCCGGCCAACUUCCCAGAGGACAUCCCUGGAGUUUGUUACUUUUUAGAGGCUUCCUUCAAAACCUAACAACUGACUCGGAUAUGAUGUCCAGCUGCUGCAAAGCUCACGACUAUUGGAUAUGAACUCUUAACCAAUCUCGUCUAUUUUGGAGUUGUUCAGACAGUGACGCUAAGAUGUUGCUAAGUGUCCAUCGCUCCAGCGGUCAUUUGAAAAGUACAGUUAUGUUGCAUCACAGAUAACUGGGAAGUCGGAUAUUUUACUUAAAAAUGAGCAUUGGGAUGUUUGCAAAGCAAAGUUACUGAAAGACAGUAGUAGUCUCUUUCCAACAUCAACUUCCUGCUUCAGAGUCAUAACAGUAGAGCUAGCAUUUAUUUUUCUGUGCCUUUCACACAGAACCCAAUGAAGAGGGAUAUUGUUGUACAGUAUUAGUUUGAUUAACAACAUCAAACUAUUGGUGUCACGCAAAUAGCAAUAAUUGCUGUCAACACAACAGGAUGGGAGAAGUCUGCAGUGAGUCCCGUUAUAACAGCGUUCACAAUUUACACAGGCUCUGUUACUACCUCAGAAUGUUGGUGGAAAUACAAUUGUCUGAUUCAAAAACAAAGCAAAUAGUAGCUUGAUCAUCUUGGUCGUCAGCCAUGUUUUACUUGUUUUCGUGUGAAUGGCACAUUGGACCUUGUAAGCUGCAAGUGGGAUAUUUCUGACUUCCCAGCAGUCUCCGAUGCAGCAUUAAUACCAGUCUGAGAAAGAUAGCACUGAAGCGAGCGUUAAACACAUUUUGUUUAAAUCCUAUUUUUUUUAUUGAUAAUUCAUUAAAAAAACACUGAUUUACCCGUUUAUGCGGACAUUUCACAUGUCUGCCGUUUCUAGUUUUACUUAUCUUUUGUCCUUUUAUUCAUAACAUACAUAUUUUAUAUAUUAAGACAGUAAAAAAAAAGCAGAUCAAAAGUAUUGUUAGUACCAGCCCUUGUUUCUGACAGUGUAUACUAGAGUCAUGUCAAGAUCUGAAUUUAGAGAUGGGAUCUGUAAUUUCUCGGUGUCUGCGGUACUGCGUGUCAUAGACUGUGCCUUCGGACUUCAACUCUGUCAGGCUCGUUUGGUGUGUUUUUCAAUCAAUCAAUCAAUCAAUCAAUCAAUCAAUCAAUCAAUCAAGGUUUAUUUGUAUAGCACCUUACAACAUCACAAUGGUGCACAAAGUGCUUUACAGGACAAAUGAGUUAAAAUCAAGUAAAACCACGCAAAUUAAAACAGUAGAAAACCCCCCCCAAAACAUUUAAUUUUUCAUUUAAUCACUUUGUGUUUUGAAGUAAUGUUUGUAUUUUGUCAAAUUUUAACACUGUCUUAGCACUGGUCUUCAAGUGAUAGAAAAUAAUAGACGCUAUUAACGUAAUAAGAUUACCCUACUGUUGUUUGGUCGGUCUUACUUUUUAUUUAUUUCAAUCAAAGAAGUUCCUCUUUUUGGCACCAAUUCCUCUUUGAGUUUUGUUGGUUUAGCUUCCAUUAUGCUUUCCGUGUCUGCUACAAUGUUGACAUCCAUGCUCCUGCAGGCUCUCGCAUAAGCUUCUUUCAAAAUACAUAAAAAUGCUCCAAAGUAGCAGUGUUGCAGCGAUUAUCUGCAGCCCAGACUUUAAAAUUACGAUAUAAACAAGAUCACACGAUAGACAUUUUUAUAUCGUACUAUGAUAUAUAUCGUAAUAUCGCACAGCACUACUACUUUUUACCCAAUUAACUUUACUCAAUCAUUUAUUGCUUUUAUUAAUCUCACAACCUUUUUCAAAUGAUAUGACAAUGUUGGCAUAAAACAAUGAUAUUGUGAUUAUAAGUGUGUCGUAAACAAGUUAACUUGUUACCGAAGACAUAUAGCUGAAGAAAGCUUAAAGUAUAGAGACGUUUACAUUGGGUCUGGGUUAGUUUUUUGCCUCAUCCCCCACUUAAAGUGUGCACUACCGACCUAAUAAGACCUGAUAAGUCCGAAAGAGAAAUAGAUGAUAAGUUAUUAUCUGCUCACAGAUGCUCCCUGGCGGUUGUUUGAGCACACUGCAGCUCGUUCUGGAUGGUCCCACUCCUUAAUGCUUCGGUCACACGCAGGAUUCUCACAGGAAUGGGGCAAAGAUACUACCUUACCUACCGUAGAUGGGACGCUACAGUGCUAGCUUUUUCAGAUUGUAUUUAUCUAUAAAAACGUCAGUUUCCGAUCAAACAUACGUCUUGUGCUCAUCUACAUCUGUACAAACACUCCAAAAUAAGUUAUCAAAUAUUCUUAAGCCUCAUUAAAGGGAUUUUUGUUCUUCGGAAAAUAUCUUAUAACUGUCCGAGUGCGGCUGGGAUAGGCUCCAGUGCCCUCCGCGACCCCGAAAGGGACAAGCGGUAGAAAAUGGAUGGAUGGAUGUUUUGUUGUCAUAUUUGAAUAAGUCAAAUGCAAUACGCAAAUAAAUAAAUGUUGGUUUAAAGACAUUAAAUAUGAACAACAUACGAAUGGUAUGGCUUUAUUGGGUUGAUCCAAUGUUAUUAUAGGAAAUCAAAUGAAUUCUAGAAAUGUGUUUUUCUGUAAAUAUUUGAACUAUAUUUCUUCCCUGGCUCUUUGCUUGCACAUUGAUGUCAUUGGUAAAAGUAAAAAAAUAAAAAAUAGAAUAAAAACACUGAAUUUGCUCUGUGAAUUAGUGAUUUUGGAAAAGAACGUAAAACGUAGAAUUUUUUUUUUUUUUUUAAUUCAAGAUUUUUUAUCAAAUAUUCUACACCAAUAUUCACAGAGCAGAUUUGGGUGCCUUAUGGGAGCAGUAUGGCACAUUUAGUGUUAAAGGUUUUAUCACGUUUGGCUUCCUUUUUACGAAUGCAACCACCAAUUAUUCCAACAAAGUAUAGAUUUGAAAUACUUUCCCCAUAAUGGAGCUUAUACAUUCCAAUACCCCGGUUUCCUAGUAAAGUAUUUUUACUGUUUUCACUGUACACAUUUAUACUCUAUCUAUUGCAUUGUUUUCAUAGCACAAACAACAUAUAACAAAAUAAUCCAAUGAAUGUCCUAUCACCCAUAAUGAUGUGCUUUAAUUGUUACUGUAAUGUAAACAAGAGUGCAAUAAAUAAACUGACUUAUGUGACUGUGAGUCCAAAGCGUGUAUUGAGAAAAAAAAAGCACCACAAAUGCCAACAGGAGAUUAAACAUAACAGUAAUGGUUUUGUUCAGGUGUGUCAAACUCCUUUUCUUGUGGGUCACGUUGCAAUUAUGACUGCCCUGUGAGGGCCGCGCAUGCAAGAGUGAAUAAAUAUGAAUAUAAAUAUAUUAUAGCCUUGUUACACAGUUUGUACAAGAAACUAUUUUAGAUGGAUGGAUACCUUGCUUUAAUUGUUACAGGAUCAGAUAAUAUUAAAGUGAAAAACAUGCAGUACAUUUUUCUGUCAAAAUUGAUAUAUAAAUACAUGCAUUUAGUCAAAAAGUGCUUUAUUAUUUACAGCCUUUUUUUGCAAAUAAAUCAUGUGGCGGACCACAUCAAAUUAAGCGGCAUAUCAGUUAAAAAGGUGUGGUGGGCCACAUAAACAAUGCGGCAUAUCAACUGGGCCCUGUUUACACUGUAUACCAAAUCAGAUUUUUUUGCAAUCACGUAACACAGAUGGGAUUUUUUUCAUGCUUCAAAUCUGAUCUUGUCGCAUCAGAUUCCGGCCACAUUAGGAUGUAGUCCGAGUCCGAUUGGAAUAUGAUCUUUACGAAUGUGACUUCAGUCUAAACGCAAUGCGACCUGCAUGCAACCCGUACGUGACUUUUUCGUCAGGUUCAUCACAAUAUCUGGUUUCAGUGAGCAAAGUUUUUUUUUCGACGGACAAAUUUUUGGUUCAUCGCUAGUCAAUAGUGUGCAAAUAAUAGGCUAUAUGUCAUUUAUGAAUAUAUAUUUUAAUUCCGAAGAAAUAGCGAUUGUUGAAGGACCAUACUUCACGCCGUGGCGUAUUUGCUUACAUGUUACGUACAUUGCGUAAGUUGCUUUUGUAAGUGAAUUGAAAAAAACCUAAUGUACAUCCAAGCUGAUGUCCGUGUUGCUCUACUUAACAGCUAUAACAAAAGAUUAGAACCUUCCCAAAUAUAUUACACUAUAUAUAUUCCUUCAUACAUUAAAUUACUUUCUUUUCACGUAAAAAACACUCAUUUUCAAGGUCUGGCGACUUUUAUUUUAUUUUGUAGUCGUAGUAGCGACCUCCUUGUUCACUUCAUCGAGCUGCGCAUGCAAGUGAUGUCGAGGCCACAUUG